ACCACAGCUGGCCCUACAACUACCACAGAGACUCCAACAACAACAACAACAGCCACUCCUACAACUACCACAGAGGUUCCAACAACGACAAAAGGUGCUCCCAAUACAACAUCAGCUGCACCUAUAACCGCAACAGAUGCUCCAACAACAACCACAGCUUCUCCCACUACAACCACAGCUGUCCAUACAACUACCACAGAGGCUCCAACAACAACAACAGCCACUCCUACAACUAGCACAGAGGCUCCAACAACAACCACAGCUUCUCCUACUACAACCACAGCUGGCCCUACAACUACCACAGAGGCUCCAACAACAAGAACAGCCACUCCUACAACUAGCACAGAGGCUCCAACAACAACCACAGCUUCUCCCACUACAACCACAGCUGCACCUACAACUACCACAGAGGGUCCAACAACAUCAACAGCUGCCCCAACUACGGAGGCUCCAACAACAACAACAGCCACUCCUACAACUACCACAGAGGUUCCAACAUCAACAACAGCUGCCCCAACAACUACGACAGACGCUCAAACAACAACCACAGCUUCUCUCACUACAACCACAGCUGCCCCUACAACGAGCACAGAGGCUCCAACAACAACCACAGCUUCUCCCACUACAACCACAGCUGCCCCUACAACG